AUGGCCACGCCCUCGACCAAUCAGAGCGCUUUGCGCGCUUCUUCUCCCGCCGAAAGGGUUUCUUCAAAUUUGGACAACAAGCAGUAUGAAGAAAUAAUUCAGGAAAUCAGUGAGAGACAAAAAAGAAAGUUAAACGUCAUAAUAUAUGGCAUAGUUGAAGAGAGUAAUGCAGCUACUGAGGGACAGACCAGAGCAGCGCAGGAUAAAGAGCAAGUACUUACAAUUUUUAGGGCUCUUUCCGUACCAGAAGUACUUACAAUUUUUAGGGCUCUUUCCGUACCAGAAGAUCAAAAUUUGAAGGCAACUCGUAUUGGAAGACAUAAGCCCAACAGUCAUCAGGGGUCGAGUCAAAUAUCAUGCUGCUACCAGAACGUUAGAGGAUUAAGGACCAAAGUUGAUGAGUUCUGCUCUUCGGUUUCAGCUGCUGAAUUUGGAAUCAUUGGCCUUUCUGAGACGUGGCUUGUGCAUGGUAUUUCUUCUUCUGAGUACUUUUCAAAUAAUUACACCGUCUUCAGAUCUGACAGAAAUGUGGAAGUGACUGGACAUGGUUAUGGGGGCGGUGUUUUAUUGGCAUUUGAUCAGGCAAUUUGUGCUUCUAGAGUUAACUUGGAUUCGUUUGUCAAUGUUUCACCUAACGUUGACAUAGUAGGUUGUAAGUGUCUUAUAAAUUACUCCGUAGUUUUUGUAUAUGUUAUAUAUAUUCCUCCAAAUGUGGAUAUUCUUGAAUUUGAAAGUUUUUUUGAACAUUUUGAGCAAUCAUUAGUUUUUGAUGUAGAUGAUAAUGGGUAUACUUUAAUUUUAGGUGACUUUAAUUGUCCUAAUUAUAACAGUGCAACACAAGACAGAAAAAAGCAAUGUAUUUCUAAUUUUAGUUCUUAUUUUGAUCUUAUGCAAUUUAAUAAUGUACUCAACACCAAUCAUCGCCUUUUAGAUCUAGUUUUUUCUAAUUUUAAUGUUUGUGAAGUUGUUAGGGAUGAAGCACCUUUAGUUCGUGAAGAUUUACAUCAUCCGGCCCUCAUACUUAAUUUUGUAGUAAAUGAUAGCACUAAUGUGAAUUUUUCUCCAAAUUGUGAGAGUAAAGCUUACAAUUUCCACAGAGCUAACUUUCUUGAACUUUAUACUGACAUACUAAAUGCUAAUUGGAGCUCUUUGUCUAAUACUGAUGAUGUAAAUGGUGCAUGUUCUGAUUUUUACGCUAUUUUUAAUGCUAUCUUGGAUCGUCAUGUUCCAGCAUAUUCUUUUAAACGCAAGAAUAAAUUUCCUUCUUGGUACACCACUGAGAUAAAAAACAAUAUCAUGUUGAAAAAUAAAUAUCGAUUAAAAUAUAAAAAGGAAAAGAAUGUAAACUUUUUGCUUGAGUUUAAACGGCUGAGGUCUCUGAUAAAAAGACAAAUAAAUAUUGCUUACAAGAACCAUAUCAACAGCAUACAAAAUGCAGUAGUAAGUGACCCUACCAAAUUCUGGUCUUAUAUUCAACACAAAAAGGGCACAUCUAGAAUACCUAGCUCAGUUACCUAUGACUUAAAUAUUUUCGACUCACCUAAAUCUAUUGUUAACGCUUUCGCCGAUUAUUUCAGUGGUGUUUAUUCUGGGACAAAUAGUAACGUGGAUUAUCCUUUUCAGCAAUUAUGUAGCCAUGAUGUAAUGCCUUUGUAUAUAACGAGCUUAACUGAUGAAGAAAUAUUAGAGGCAAUAAAUAGUUUAAAAGACAAAAUGACAUCGGGUCACGAUAAGAUACCGGCUUUUCUUGUGAAAGAUUGUGCAAGAGCUCUCUUACAGCCACUUUCUAUUAUUUACAAUUUAAUAUUAAAAUCAUCUACGUUUCCUGAAAUAUGGAAAUUGUCGAGAGUAUGUCCGAUCUUUAAGAGUGGUAAUAACACCGAAGUUAAGAAUUAUCGACCGGUUUCAAUUCUUUGCAAUUUCUCAAAAAUAUUCGAGAUAGCGAUUUAUAAUCGCAUCUAUCCUGCUACAAAAACUCUAAUAUCAUGGGAUCAGCAUGGCUUCAUGCGUGGACGAUCUACAGUGUCUAACUUAUGUCAACUUACACAAUUCAUAUCCAAUGAACUUGAUAUACGAGGGCAAGUAGAUGUGAUUUACACUGACAUUGCAAAGGCGUUUGAUCGUGUCGAUCAUAAAAUUCUUUUACAAAAAUUGAGUGCACUCGGUUUCAGUUAUAAUUUAUGCAACCUUUUCGAGUCAUAUCUUAUGAAUAGAAAGCAAUACGUUACGUAUUUUGGACACAAUUCUAGUAUUUUCACAGCCACUUCUGGAGUUCCUCAAGGGAUGGUGAUGGUCUUCAGUCAGGAAAACAUCAUCAGCGCGAAACACAGUACAAGGCUCAGUACAUAUAACUAA